AUGAGCACUCGGAAAUUCAUAUGGUUGGCCUCGACCUUGCUCUGGAAACCCUCUGAGGCAUACUGGCUAAUGGCACCAAAUAAUAUUCUGACGACUCAACGACUCGAUCCAGUUAUAUCGCCAGGUUCAGUGUCCACCCAUGUUCAUGCUGUGGUUGGAGGAAGUAACUUUGGCCUGAACACCACAACAGCUAGGCUGCGUGAAAGCGCCUGCACGUCUAUACCCAUUCCCGAGGACAAAUCAAACUACUGGUAUCCACAACUCUACUUCCAAUGGUCCAAUGGAUCAUUCACAAGUGUCGCUGGGAAUCCGGUAAUUUGUAACUUAACUUAG